AUGUCAGGAGCUAGAAGAGGCAGAGGACGACCUGCUAGAGGCAGAGGUCAAGGAGGUGCUGGUCGUGGUGGUGUUGACCAUGAUAAUGUUCUAUUGGAGGAUGAACCUUAUGCGCCGAAUCCUAUGAUUGGAUUUAUCAGAGAUAUACGCAAAUUGGGAGCUGUUGAAUUUGUCGGACCUACUGAUCCACUUGAUGCCGAGAAGUGGAUUGAAGAUAUGGAAAAAUAUUUUGAGAUGAUGGACUGCAUUGAGGUGCAGAAAAGGAAGAUUGGUGCUUUUCUUUUAUCUGGUGAGGCACGCCAGUGGUGGCAGUCAGAGACCAGGAUGGUUGUGGACAUUACAGCUAUGACCUGGGAUGAUUUUAAAACUCGGUUCAACGACAAAUACUUCCCACUAUCAGUGAGGGAGAAGAAGGCAACUGAGUUUAUGCAGUUGGAACAGAAUAAUGAGAUGUUAGUCAGUGAGUACGAGAGGACGUUUACAGAGCUAUCCCGAUUCGCUCCUCACAUUGUUGCAAAUGAGUUGCACAAGGUUAGAAAGUUUGAGCGAGGGUUGAUCUCUCAUGUGAAAAAAAAGAGCAUAGGGCAGAACAGAAAAGUAAGGGGGCUAGCAGCUCUCAACAGAAUCAGAGCAGCUUUCAACAGAAUCAGAGGGAUCAGCAGCAGCAGACUCAGAGAAACUGGCAGGGUCAAUCUUAGCAGAGAGGGAGACAAGAUUGGCGAGCUGGGAAACGUCAAAGAGUUGGUGAAGCAGAGAGGCCAGGCACCACAACAACACGGACGUGCAAGGUUUAAUGCAGUUGUCCCGGAUGGGAGACAGGACCGUGCACCACCAGCAAUGGAAGGUACACUUACUGUUUAUGGCAGUAUAGCUAGAGUACUAUUUGAUUCAGGUUCUUCAUAUUCUUUUAUUGCAUUAUCAUUUGUGGAGACACUGGGAUUAGAACUUGGACAUAUGAGUAAUUCAUUAUCUAUUGUAACUCCACUCAAGAGCGCGACGACACUUGAUAGAAUAUGUUGUGCUUGUCCUAUUAUAAUUGGGGAAUUGGAGUAUCCUAUUGAUUUGAUAGUAUUGCGUAUGAGAGACUUUGAUGCUAUACUGGGUAUGGAUUGGUUGGCUCGAUAUCAUGCUCAGUUGGACUAUUAUAAGAGGAUUAUUGUAUUCUCAAUUCCGAGACAGUCACUUUCUCGAUAUAAGUGUGGAGAGUUCGAGGGCACCAUGACUAUGGGAUUUCUCGCCCACAUUGAGGUGGUUAAGAAAUGUGUGACUAUAGAGCAAUUGCCUACAAUGUCAUAG